GAUCAGGAGUUCCUUACUAUUAAUAUCGGGUCUCUGUGAAGGAGUUCUCUUUCCAGCGAUUACCGUGCUGUCUCUCGUUCAGCUCCGUGACCCUCUUCCCCGCUGGAGUGAUCUCUUUUUUUCCUGCGGUUUCAUCGAUAUGUCUUCAUCACAAAGGCUGAUUUUGGUGCUCGGAGGAGCUGGCACUGUGGGCUCUGGGAUUGUUAAAUGUCUCCUGGAGAAAGGGUUCCAGGUAGCGGUCAUAUCUCGGGACAGCACACGCCUGGAGAAGCUGAAGAAUUUUGUGCCAGCGUCUUGUAGAGAGAGUCUCCAUACCCUGGUGGGAGACGUGGGAGCCGAGGAAGGCGCACAGGAGGCUGCCGCUGCCCUACUCCGCCAGGUGGGGAAGGUGACAGACGUGGUGUCUUCUCUUGGGUUCAGCUGGUGGCAAGGAGGUCCCCCCCAUACUCAGUCGCUGCAGGAGCUGCAGAGGGUUCUGGAGACCCUUCUUUUGAGCACUUUCACCGCAUGGAAAGCUUUCUUCCCUCUGGUCAAGGACAACCCGAAUGGGACUUACACUUUUAUCACAGGGGGUGCCGGGGAACGUCUGCUGAUGCCUGGCACUGGAUUCCUGACCCUGGGCGCAGCCGGAGCCUUGGCAUUCUCCCAAGUGGUUCGUGAAGAGUACCCAGAUGUCGCUUGUAAGCUAAACGAGGUUAAGAUCAACAUGGGUGUAGCCCCACCGGAGCGUCUCGGCCCCGGGUACGUGAGUCACCUGGAGGUGGGGGAGGCGGUAUCUUCUUUGGUGGAGAAGAGACGGGUGUCCCACGCGGUCCUGUGUGCAAACUCUACCGCUGACCUCAAGACGCUGACUUUGGAAGGAAAGCUGUGAGCUCUGGAGCUCAUCUCCCCAGACGAAAACCUGAUUCCCAUCCCUACAGUGCAGUGAUGCCCCCCGCUGUGUGCGACACUACGUGGUACUCCAUACUGUAUUACAAUUUGUCCAUGGUUUAGGCGUCACCGCAAUGUCAAGCGCUUUGAAGAAUCCCCACACAACAUCCAACAGAGCCAGUAACUCCAUUCUAGUGUACAACCUCCCAGUAUCCAGACCCUAGUGUACCCAGUAGAUUCCCAUUAUGCCCUGGGAGAC